GUUUGCUUGUACGACAGACACCACACCCGGUCCGCAUCUUUCACAUGCUUGCUCCCAGGAGUCCAGCGCAGAUAAAUUGCCUUCAUUUGUUGACCUGACAAACACUUGUUAUUCUUCCCCUCUGAGUAGCAAUCCACUUUAUUCCUUCGGAGUUGCCCUUGCCCACCCAGCAAUAUGUCCUCGUCGAGUUCCAUCCCCACCCCCAAAUUGCCACCGAGUACUGACAGGGUACCCAUCGACCACGAUCUCUGCUCAGUUCUGAGUACGCUUCAGCUGUGGCACACAACGAAGGAUGGCCAAGUGAAGAAAACAUCCACCAUCCAAGUAUCGGGAAAGCAGAGUCGCACGUACAUCGCCUUCGCACAAGAAGCCAGCCGCGCCGGGAUGAGCAAUGAGAUCAUCUUGACUGCGGUGAUUGCCCAUGUUAUCAUGUCUGGAUGGCCAGGAACCGCCCUGCAUGAGCAGCGAAUCCGUGGGAUCCGUGAGGACCAUAGGAUUAUGCUGCGUCAUAAUAUCCCGCUUUCUAGCAGCAUCUGCGCCAUCUAUGACGAGGUCAAGGAUGAUGUUGCUCGGUUUUCCACCGAUGAAUCUCUCUCCAUGCACCAGAAAGUGCUACGCAUUCACAAUUUCAUCGCGCGAAUCCAAUUCCCGAAAUUCUUUGUGAUACUCACCAAGUACCGCCUGCUGGAGAUCGCCUACGAACUGGCUAGUGCUUGGUCCGGAUUCCCAGCUGUGCGCAGCGUCUCUGGUGCAAUGGAGACGGAGGCAGCGAGUAGCAGCGAUCAUGGUUCCACUGGAAGCUAUAAGCAGGAGAUUGACCGACUACGUGGCAUGGCUGACUCCCUACCCUACAAAGAUGAGCUACCUAUGGGUCUCCUAAGCAUGCCAGUCUCAAAGCAACAGCGGGUAGGGUCUCGACGAGCUCCAGACCCAAUGAUGCUGGUAGACUUUGAUCGGCAUACCUCCAUCCUCAUGCGUGUUUGGCAAUGGGUCUUGGUGGACAUCCGGCAGAUUACGGUGUGGUUCGAGACCGCCGCCGACAUGGUCGCGUAUCCAUUCUACAUGCAACUCUGCCUUGAUCGCGGAAUGGAGAUUUACGCGGAGAUGGCGCUCUACCUUCAACAGUACAGUGAUGCGAUGGUCCAUUGGCUGGACUUCCCGUGAGCUGUAGAUUCUGGUGGAUUCCAUACCACGCUUGUGGGUUUCUAGCUAAUGUUCAGAUAAAGGCAACGAGUUUGUGGAAGCUAUGCACCUGGAUGUCAAAUGCUCUAUUAUCUCGGACAUCGAGCGGGGUCGGUGCGCGGAGGUCUAUUGCGAGUAGGUUAGUCUGCACUGCACGCUUCAGCUGUGCUCUCUCUAUACGUACAUUAGCGUCAAUGACAGGGGUACGGUUACUUGUUUA